UCCUCUAGCGAGCUUUGCGUUCCCUGUGCACCGGAAGUGAUCCCCUGCGUGGCUGGGCUGCUCGGGUUAGAGCGUCAGGAAGAGCCUAAAGAUUAGACUGUAAGAAAAGAAAAUAGAAGCCAUGUUUCGAAGACCUGUAUUACAGGUACUUCGUCAGUUUGUAAGACAUGAGUCCGAAACAACUAUCAGUUUGGUUCUUGAAAGAUCCUUGAAUCGUGUGCAGUUACUUGGGCGAGUGGGUCAGGACCCUGUCUUGAGACAGGUGGAAGGAAAAAAUCCAGUCACAAUAUUUUCUCUAGCAACUAAUGAGAUGUGGCGAUCCGGGGACAGUGAAGUUUACCAAUUGGGUGAUAUCACUCAAAAGACAACAUGGCACAGAAUAUCAGUAUUCUGGCCAGGCCUCAGAGACGUGGCAUAUCAGCAUGUGAAAAAGGGGUCUCGAAUUUAUUUGGAAGGGAAAAUAGACUAUGGUGAAUACAUGGAUAAAAAUAAUGUGAGGCGACAAGCAACAACAAUCAUAGCUGAUAAUAUUAUAUUUCUGAGUGACCAGACGAAAGAGAAGGAGUAGAAAGGAUGAUUCUUCUUUGGCCAUCAUUUGGUACAGUCUCAUUUCCAAGUCAUGUAUAAUCUUUAUCGCUCCCAAGGACAAGAAUUAAAAUACUCUUUUACGUAAAAAAAAAAAGAAAAAAAAAAAGAAAAGGUCAACAUGGUUAAGUAUGAUUUCCUUCAGCUUAAAGAUGUCCAGUUUCUUAUGAUUUACUUUCCAGUGCCUCACACUCCUGUAUGUCCUCCUUUUGUGGCUAUUUCAUUUGUGGUGUGACUUCUGCUAAAAUGUGAGUAGUUAGGACUAUUAGAUAUUCUGAUCUCCAUUUCAAGAUUUUAAGGGCUGGGUGCAGUGGCUCACACCUGUAAUCCCAGCAUUUGGGAGGCUGAGGCAGAUGGAUCACUUGAGUCUAGGAGUUUGACACCUGCCUAGGCAACAUGGUGAAACCUUGUCUCUACAAAAAAUACAAAAAUUAGCCAGGCGUGGUGGUGCACGCCUCUGGUCCCAGCUACUUGGAAGGCAGGAGGAUCACUUGAGCCUGGGAAGCAGAGGCUGCAGUGAGGUGAGUUCUUGCCACUGCACUCCA